GAAGUCUAUAAAAGCCGCUGUUUGCCUGGCCGCAAAAUUAGUUGCCCGAUUCCAAUUUUGUUGGUAAUACGCGUCGGGUAAAACCCAUCGAUCAUGAGACUGACCACAGCAGGAGUAGCCUUGCUACUUCUGGUAUUUUAUGCCAAUAAUCCAAGUGAUGCUUGGACACAUAGCUUUCACACGGGUCCAAUCAAUUGCUAUAACUGCUCCAGCACUGAGGAGUGUGCCGCAAGUGCGGGGACGCUGAAGAAGUGCGAGAACAACGAUGCCCAAAGCUGUGUGGCCCUUAUUGACGAGACUGGAACUGUGAUCAGACGAGGAUGCAGUGACAAUCUGACUUGCAAGGAUCGAACUUGCUACGAGUGCCGCUCGCAUGGUUGCAACAAUCUGAAGGAUACCUCGAAGCUGAUCGACUGUUUGGUGUGUGAUGCGCAGCUCAAUGAGAACUGUGUCUUUGACCCAGAGCUGAUCACGGAGACUCGUCAAUGCAAUGAACAGUGCAUCACAGCGCUUUAUCCUCGCACUAAGGAUGUGGGUGCACCCUUGGAGCUUGUGCGUACUUGUCUUGAUGAUCUCGACUAUGAUGAUCGCGAAGCCUGUGCCGAUGGCACUCUGGAGAAUUGUGCCGCAUGUAGCACUUCCAAGUGCAACAAUGUUGAGAUGGGCGUUCGAGGCAGUUGCAACUUUUGCACUGACGGCAAGUGCGACAAUCCGCAGUCCAAAACGUGCCGUGCCGUGGCAGCCAAGGGUGAGAAGGAACAAUGCUUCAUUCAGCUGGACGAGGCGGGUAAGAUCGGCGAGUUGGGCUGCCUCAGUCAAUACAAUGUCAGCGAUAUCGAUGUCCUGCACAGCAACAAGCGCCUCUGGUUCUGCUCCGGCGAGAAUUGCAAUGUGAUUUCCGCUCUGCCCUCUGCUCAAAGCUGUAAGCUUUGCACUUCCCGAACUGAUCCAGACUGCGCCAUUGCACCAACUGAGUCUCACUCCGAAACGGAAUGUUCUCAUAUCUUAAACACCGAUUGUUAUACCUUACUCCGCGAUGAUGGACACACGGAACGUGGCUGCCUAGCCACACUGGAUGCUGAGGAUUAUGCGGCAUGUCUCGGCGGCAACAAUGCCACCAAAUGCGUCACCUGCAAAGGCGAAAACUGCAAUAUUAAGGUGCAACCUGAGGAACGUCUCACCUGCCACGUAUGCAAUUCAGAAGAGGAUGAGAACUGCGAUGUGUCACCAGAUGCCGAAGGUCUCUGUGUGGUGCAUCGACCGGGUCAGAUGUGUGUGACCAGCAUUGAUCUGUCGGGCAACACGGUGCGUGGUUGUGGCGACACCGUGAGCUGUGACUCGAACGAUAGCAGUAGCUGCCAGAGUUGUCUGGGCAAGAACUGCAAUACGGUCAAUCUGAAGCGUCGCAAUGAUGGUCAGCCUGGUCUGUGGGGUCAAGAGUUGCCCCUGAGUUGUCGCAGCUGCAAUGAUACCGCAUCCUGUGCAUCCAGCACCUCAACAGAUGUUGUCUGCUCCAACAACGAUGAGUACUGCAUGACUGUCUUCGAUGCAACGGGUAAAGUGGAGACUCGUGGUUGCAGCCAAGCUGUGGAGGCAUCCUUCAGCUCCUACUGUGAUGCUAAUCUUGAGAAAUGCCAUAACUGCAACUCGAAUGGCUGCAACAAUGCCGUUUCCAUCGAAAGCUACACGAGUUGCAUCUACUGCGAGGCAAGUGAAAAUAGUAAUUGCUACUCCGAUGCCAAGGAUGUCUCCAAAAGGCGUCAAUGCAAUGGCAAAUGUAUGACGGCUCUAAGACCCAUCAAUGGUACCGAAGCUUACGACUUGGUCAGGGGUUGUCUGGACGACAAGGAUCCGCAGGAUCAGCAGCUCUGUGUUGCAGGCUCCGACAAGCAUUGUGUGGCCUGCGAGGGCGAUGCCUGUAAUGUGGAUGAGAUCAAGGUUGACAGGUUAACUUGUUAUGCCUGCAGUGGAUUCGAAGAUUGCGAAGUAGCUCACGAAGCUGCAUGCGUAAAUUAUAGUCCAACUGAUCGUUGUUAUAGCUUGUACGAUGAUACGGCAUCUGUAGUGGCCAAGGGCUGUCGCUCCUCUCUUGACGAGAAGUUCAUCGAUAACAAUAUUGAAUUUUUGCAAUUCUGCGAUGGAAAGAGUUGCAACUCCUACCAAAACGUGCCCCAGCCAAAUAAAUGCAAGGUCUGCUCUUCCUUGGAUGAUGAGAACUGUGCUGUCGAUCCAAGCAAGAUCACCCAAUACGAAUCCUGCAAUGUCCUGCCCAACACUGGCUGCAUGACCCGGGUACUUUCAGAUGGUUCCACUCAACGUGGCUGUGUGAGCAGCUUGGCCACCACUCCGCUGAGAGCCUGCCUCAAGGGCGAGGGCAAGUGCGAGGUGUGCGAGGGGGAAAUGUGCAACAUGGACAUAUAUCCGGCUGAUCGUCGUCGCUGUCAUCGUUGUAACUCCAGGGAUGAUCCAACCUGUGAGUCCACUCCCAAUGCCAUUGGCGUAUGUGCACGCUAUGAUGAAUCCCAGGGCUGCAGUGCCAAGCUAGUGAGUGGCGCCAUCUAUCGAGGCUGCCAAACAGAGUUCAAGUGCGAUGAUUCGGACAAGCAAUAUUGCCGUCAGUGUGUUGGCAAAGACAAUUGCAAUAUGGUCGAUCUCAACGCGUUGAACAUUGGAUAUCCUGGCAAGUGGUCGACUCCGCCUGUAAAUUGUUACACCUGUGCGGGAGCUGAUUGCCAGGGCUCCAGUCUGGGUCUCCUGCAGAAGUGUGCCAACAAUGAGCAACAGAACUGUGCCACAGUCUUUGCCACUAAUGGAUCCGUUGUCAUGAGGGGCUGCACCGAUAAGCUCUACAAUGAUACGGAGCUGACGCAGUACUGUGAUGAGACUGCUGGCAGUUGCAAGUUCUGCAAGUCGACGGGUUGCAACAAUGCCAAGACUCUGGACUCUUUUGUGGACUGUCUUCUGUGCGAUGGCUCCGAUCAAGCUUCCUGUGUCCGCAGCGUGGCUGACAUUACACGUAAGGUCUCCUGUCAUGGUAGCUGCUUCACUGGCCUCUAUCCACGCUCGAAAGUGGAAGAAGACGCUCCUCUGCAGCUGGCUCGCGGAUGCCUCGACGAUUUGGAGUAUGAUGAUCGAGAGGCUUGCUCCAAUGGCAAGUUGGACAAUUGUGUCGCCUGCACUGGCGCUUCCUGCAACAAGGAAGAUGUGCCAAAGGAUCGUCUUAGCUGCAACCAUUGCGUUGAUGCAGAGUGCAAGGAGAUUAAUCCACUGACUUGCACCUCAUAUCGCGACAAUGAUCAGUGCUAUAUUCAUGUGGGCGACCUCAAGAUCGAGAGCAUGGGCUGUGCCAGCGAUUUGGAGAGAAGCUUCCUUCAAGCGAUUCGACGCGACUUGCAUCUCUGCAGCGGCAACAAUUGCAACACCAAAGAUGUGCUCAAUUUGGAACCUUAUUCGUGCUACAUUUGCAACUCCCAGGAAGAACCUGGCUGCGUUUCUGGCAUUUCUGCCAAAUUUGUCAAAUGUCAGCAUUAUUUAACUCCCGAGUGCUACACACACAUCACAAAAGAUGGCAUAAUAGAUCGUGGCUGCCUAAUGGACACAGUAGACGAACUCUUUGAUGAAUGUACGAGCGAAAAUAGUUCCAUCUGCGAAGUUUGCGACUCGGAAUACUGCAAUAAAGAGGUGUAUCCGUCAGACUGGCUGACCUGCUUACGCUGCGACUCCAACAAGGAUGCCGACUGCGAAAAGAAGCCAACUAGCUACUCCAAAUACUGUCCCAUCUACGAGGCAGGCGACUCUUGCGUCACGAGCCUGGAAAAGGGACGCACUCGUCGUGGCUGCAAGUCGGAGCUCUACUGUGAUGCCAGUCAGCCGGGAAGUUGUCGUUACUGCGAGGGCAAGGACUGCAACACGAUCAACUUGGCGCCCAACUAUGUUGGUGAGCCGGGCAAGUGGCAAGACUUGCCACUCAGUUGCCACGUCUGCUCGGAUGUGGCAAGUUGUGCCACUCUGGGCACACCCAACACCUGCGAGGGCAACAACAAGCAGCUGUGCAGCACAGUAUUCGAUGAGAAUGGCAAGGUGUCAGCUCGAGGAUGCAGUGACUCCAUUCUGUCGGAGCAUGCCACUUAUUGUGAUGCCAAUGACGCAAGCUGUCAGCAGUGCAAGUCGAAUGGUUGCAACAAUGCCAACAGCCUGGACACCUAUGUCGAAUGCUAUCACUGCGAUGCCGACGAGGACUCCAGCUGUGCCUGGGAGACGCCCAAGCACACGCGUCAAUGCCAGGGACUGUGCAUGACAGGCAUGUAUCCUCGCAGCUCCUCGCUGGACUCGGCCUUGCUGCCAACACGCGGCUGCCUGGAUGAUCUAGAGGCAGCUGACCGAGAACUCUGCGCUGCUGGAGAGCUUGAUAAGUGCAUCGCCUGCACGGGAAACCUCUGCAAUGGGGGCGACAUAAUUGAAACUCCUCAAGAGUGUUAUCGAUGUGACGAUGAAGCUUGUGAAGACAUGAGUCCGACCAAGUGUGUGGCCUACAAGGAGAAGCAUCAAUGCUACACGGCCUUCGAGAGCAACAGCAUUGUCCACAUGGGCUGUGCCAGUGAUUUUGAGACGCAGGUCAUCGAUGAGUUGGUUGCCCAGAAGCGUCUCCUUCUCUGCGACGGCCAGAACUGCAAUAAUCCCGACAUCGAGGUUCCCAAUGCCAACACCUGUCUGCAGUGCAGUUCCCUCAACGACACACGGUGUGCCACCAGUCCCAACCAGCUCCUCUCCACGGAUAUCUGCUCCCAGCUGCCGUACACUCAGUGUGUGACCCACAUUGAUGCAGCAGGAGUCACGACACGUGGUUGCCUCUCCAACUUGGAUGCCGCCGAGUUCACUGGCUGCCUGGCGGGUAGCUCCAGUCUCUGCGAGAUCUGCACCGGCACCAACUGCAACGGUCUGAGCGUUUUCCCAGCGAAUCGUCGCCGUUGCCAUCAGUGUGACUCCAAGAGCACUCCCGCCUGUGCCACUUCCCCCAGCAGCAGCUCCGUCUGUCCUGUUUAUGAUGCGGAGGAUAGCUGUGUGACCACUCUGAUUCAGGAUGUCACCCAUCGAGGAUGCAGCUCCAGUUUGAGCUGCGAGGAUGCCUCCGAUACGAGCACUUGUCGUGUUUGUAGCGACAAGGAUUCAUGCAACACCGUCGAUCUGGAACGCCUGAAUAUACAUGGAACACCUGGCACUUGGCAGGAGACACCCAUCAAGUGUUUGACCUGUGCCAACGCCCAGGAAUGCAACGACGGUGGUGGCAGCUUGACGGAAUGCGUGGGCAAGGACAAUUGCGUGACAGUCUUCGAUAAGUCCGAUGCGGUUAGCUCACGCAGCUGCUUCGGAUCAUUGGAUGCAACUGCCACCAGCUACUGUGAUGAGCAGCCCGAGAAUUGUCCUCGCUGCAAUUCCAAUGGCUGCAAUUUGGCCGACUCUCUCAAGUCCUACAUGGAGUGUCACGUCUGCGAUUCGAGCGUCAACUCGAAUUGUGUUGGCGAUGUCACGAAGAUCACCAAGACACGUCAAUGCUACAAGGGUUGCAUAACCGCCUUGCGGCCUCUGUUCAAUGAAACGUCCGAUCCCAGCUAUGCCCUGGUCCGCAAUUGCCAGGACGACUUGGAGGCCGAGGACAGUGCAACCUGCGAGGCCAAGAAGCUGUGCUCACCUUGCAACGAGGCCAAGUGCAACACGAAUGACGUGGUGACCAGUCGACUCAGCUGCCUCAGCUGUCGCGGCGACGAGUGCCAAGAUCCUCAGCCCGCCAGUUGCGCCACCUACCGGCAGGAGGAUCAGUGCUACAUUCAGUACGAUGAAUCCCGAUCCGUGGUGGCCCACGGAUGUCUCAGUGAGUUCAGUCACGCGGAUAUCUACUUGCUGCAGCGCUCCCAGCGACUGUUGACCUGCAAGGACAAGGAUUGCAAUACGAUGGAGUCGGUGCCGGAUCCUCAGAGCUGUCUACUUUGUAGUUCACGCACGGAUCGCAAUUGUGCGGUAAAUCCUGGCGGUGUCACAAGCUCCGCAACCUGUCAAUUGCUGGGAUUCCCGGAGUGCUAUUCACGAGUCCUUGAGGAUGGCUCCACGGAACGUGGUUGUCUGUCCAGCCUGGAGGAUGACCAGUUCCUGAGUUGCUAUAACGGCACCGCCACAGGAUGUUCCUCCUGCCUGGGCGAAUCUUGCAACAAGCUGGUUUAUCCCACAGAUCGCACCUCAUGCCACAUUUGCAACUCGGAAAGCGACGGCAAUUGCGAAUCUUCUCCCAACAGUCUCUCCGUCUGCCCCAUCUAUGCGGCUGGAGACUCCUGUGUGACGAGUCUACGCAGUGGCAUCACCUACAGAAGCUGCGCCAGCUCCCUCACCUGUGAGCCCAACAGCAAGAGCUGCGUCUACUGCGAAGGCGACGGCUGCAAUGUUGUCGAUCUGUCAGGAUUUGCGGAUGACAACCACGGCAAGUGGCAGGAUCUGCCCUUGACCUGUCUCAGUUGCAAGGAUGCCACCUGUCAGCAGGAGAACAUCAGCAGUGAACGCUGUGCGGACAACAACGAACAGGACUGUGUGACCGUAUUCAAUGACAAGGGAGUUGUGAUCCGUCGUGGCUGUGAGGAUGAGAUUGAGCAGGAUCAGGAGGUCGCCACCUACUGUGGCACCAAUGCCGCCAAAUGCCCCGUUUGCAAGUCGAACAACUGCAACAAUGCCACUGAAAUUGCACAGUACAAGAGUUGCAUCUACUGUGACUCCCACAAGGAUCUGUCCUGCCUCUGGGAACCGACGAGCAACAAACACAAGCGUCGUCAAUGUCAAGGCAGUUGUAUGACGGCUCUCCACGGCGCCGAAGAAUCCGGCUUCGAUCUUACGCGCACCUGUCUGGAUGACAAGGAGCCGGCAGAUCAGUUGCGUUGUCUUGCUGGCAGCGACUCCAGCUGUGUGGCAUGCGAAGGAGAUGCCUGCAACGUGCAGACUCUUCCCGCAGAACGCACCAGCUGCUAUCACUGCGAGAACGGAGAUUGUGAGUCGCCGACAGCGAAGCUCUGCGAUGUCUACAAGCCCAACGACAGUUGCUUCCUUUGGAUCAAUAACCAGAACAGCAUUUGGCAGCUGGGCUGUCUGAGCUCCUUCCGCAACCAGGAUGUGGAGAGUGUGAUCAAGACUAAACGCAUAUCCGUCUGCCAAGGCAACAAUUGCAACACGCCACAACUGCAAGCGCCUGUCAAGUGCGCCGUCUGCGACUCCCGUGUGAAUGCCACAUGUGCCACAACGCCCCUGGCUGUGGAUAAUUUCGAGAUUUGCAGUCAAUUGCCGCACACGCAUUGUGUCACCCAGCUGGACAAGGAAGGUGCAACUAUACGUGGCUGUCUCUUUGACGUGCCACAGGCCGACUAUGCUGCCUGCCUGUUGGGCAACGAUCCCAACUGCCAGGUGUGCAAGGAGGCUGGUUGCAAUCGCGAGAUAUUCCCCGCUGAUCGUCAGAGGUGUUACAGCUGUAGCUCGGAGGACGACAGCAAUUGUGAGUCGGAUCCCAGCCAGAGUUCGGUCUGUGCCUGGGUCAGCGAUACGGAGAAAUGCCAGACCCAGCUUAAGAACAAUGUGACCAGCCGAGGAUGCAGCAGCUCCGUUCAAUGCGACCCCAACGAUUAUCGCAACUGUCGCAACUGCGUGGGAACCGGCUGCAAUUCGAUUGAUUUGGCCAAUCGCAAGGAUGAUGGCCAACACGGUCUGUUCCAGAAACUGCCACUAAAGUGUCACACCUGUGAGGGAGAACAUUGCCACAGUUCCUUGGGACCAGCUGCAAAGUGUACGUUGAAUGAGGAACAGGAUUGCAAGACGGUCUUUGAGCUGGAUGGCGAGACAGUGCGACGACGUGGAUGUGCUGAUGAUGUGGAUGACUAUGAGGAUCUGUACUGUCGCAAGCAUCCCGAGCUGUGCUUCACUUGCAAGUCAAACGAGUGCAAUGAUGCCUGGAAGCUGGAGGAUUACAACAGCUGUCUAUACUGCAACUCCGAGACGGAGGGACAAUGUGUCACCUAUCCACAGAGCACGGAUGUUGCCACUCGCCAGUGCAAGGGCAAGUGCCUGGUGGCAUUGCUGGAGAACAAGCAGCUGGUGCGCAGUUGUCUGGAUGACAAGGAGGCAUUGGAUCGUGCUGCCUGCAGCAGCGAUGCGAGUGGCAAGAACUGUGCCACUUGCGAGAAUGGCAAGUGCAACACCUUCUCCUUCCCCUCGGAUCGCUUGAGCUGCCACGUCUGCUCUGGUUCCGGCUGCAGCUCCAGCCAUGCGGCGCCUUGUCGUGCCUACGAUGACAAUGAUUUCUGCUUUGCCAAGUACAAGGAUGGAGCUGUGGAGCUCAUGGGCUGUGCUACAAGCCAGAAUGACACCGAUCUGGAGCAAUGGCGUCUGUCCAAUGUGCUCUAUGAAUGCCGCAACGAUGACUGCAACGAUUUGACUCGUCUGCCCGAGAGUGGCGUCUGCAUUGAAUGCGAUUCCAGCAAGACACCGAACUGUGCGCAAUCUCCCAGCGAUGUGGACACCACAGUCACUUGCCAUGCUCCGUUGUCCGAUUGCGUUACCAGGCUGGAGAAUGGACACACCAUUCGCGGCUGUUUGAGCAGCUUGAGCAGCGUCGAUGGCAACGCCUGUGUCGCCAACGGCACCUGUGCCUCCUGCGCCGGCAACAAGUGCAACUCCGAAGUGUUCCCUGCUGAUCGCCGCAAGUGCCACAUCUGCAACUCGGUUGCCAAUUCCGACUGUGCCAAUGAGCCCAACCACUUGGCCAUCUGUCCCAUCUACGUUGCCGACGACACUUGUGUCUCCGCCUUCGGCUCGGAUAAACUCUUGCAACGCGGUUGUGGCAGCCAGAUCCAGUGUGAAAUCGACGACAAGGACCACUGCCAGGUGUGCAACUCGGAUGGUUGCAACACAGCCAAGUUCAACGGUUCUGCCACACUAAGCGGCAUUGGCCUGGCCCUUACCCUCAUUGUGUCCCUUGCGAUCAGCGGCAUGCGCUGGUAAUGUGGCAACUGAUCCCUAUCACUUAUUACUGACUCGCCAUAGUUCGUAGUUAAACACAUAGAUGUACAUACAUACAAACAUACCUAUUAUAUCUUCUAAACGACAAAACCUAAAUUAAAACGAAAAUAUAUUUUAAAACUAUCU